UUCCCUUUGGCUGUUGAACUCCAGAGACUCCUCAGAGACAGCACAGACUAAGAGGAAGAAGCUUCAAGAAAAUACGGAGGUGGUGUUGAUGUUAUCGCCAUUUCCUCCUACAUGGCCACCGUUGCUCGCAGCGCACCUCUGCCGGAGGGGAGCGCACUUGUUGAGGAUCCGCAAUUCCAGGAGAUGGUACAGAGGAGCCGCGGCUUAGUAGAGAAGAUCCUGCUCUCCAUUCCGGACACGCACAAAUCGUGCAUUCACACAGAGACUCUAAAACUGAAUUCCUCAGAAAAUGCAAUGUUUGAGUUAAUGGCAUUCAGGAUCGGCAUCCCCUCUGCUCCUGUACUCAGAGUUGUGUCAGAAAACGUCUCUCUGCAAACCAGUUUGACACAGAUGUCUGAGGGUCUUCAGCUGCACCGUGCCUUACUGAGCUCUGUAUCUGAACGGCUGGAAAACAGAAACAAAGUGACUGAUCUAAUGGCUGACAUCAGAGACCUCACCAUUCAGAUCAAUAAGAUGCUGAAAAUGGUCCAGAAAGAGGCUGUGGUGCAGCCCACCCCAACCCCUAUGGCUUUACGUCUACUAGGGGAAUAUGACGUGCAGGUGGCAGCACACCUGACUCUGGUCCAGCUCCAGGCCUUUGGGCAGGACACAGUCCGCUGCCUCAGGAGUCUGGACCAGAGCAAUGAAGAGGAGACAGAAAGCUGACUAAUAGAUGCCAUACUCUAAUUAACUAAUUUUGGCUUAUGUCCAAAACUUACCAUAUCCUGCCAUUUUUUAUCAUGGCAUUUAAUAUUUAUCAGUUAAGACAUUAUUUAUUAUAUUUUCAUUUAUUUAUUUAUUUAUCUAUUAAAUUUGAAUAUUUAAUAUUUAUUUAGGAAAUUUAUUUUUGAUAACAAAGCUUUGUAUUCAUCAGUCUUUUUGUUGACAGCUGAGGCAACUUCUGUUUUAACUCAGGCCUGCUGGCUUCUACUGAAAGUACUUUACCUGUUUACAUUACAUACACAUUACAAUAACUGAAAAUGAAAUUCUCAACUCUCAUACAAAAUCAGAAGUUAUUCAAUAGUCUAAAAACGAUAUUUACAAUUGCUCUACACAGCAGAGUUUAAUAACAGUAAUGUAUAAGAAAUCAGCAAGUUUAGAGACAUUUAUGAACUUUAUCAACUAUCAAAACUUAAUUUAGGGGAUUUUAUGAAGUGAUCAUAUUUUCUGUAAACAUUUUUACAUGUAACUAAUUAUUUUUUGGAUGAAACUUAUUUUAAAAAUUGUUUUAUUUUCUGAUCUUUCAAUAAAAAAAACAAACAUUGUGAAGAGGGAUUGUUCCUUAUUGUCAAUGACUAUCCUUACUGACACGAGGCACUGGGUCAUGCUGAUGCAUACCGUCUCAUGAAUGAAAUUAGACUUAAAAUUCCAGUUAAGACAAUAUUGUAAUAGGGAAGUGCAACUAAAAGUGAAAUAGAUACUUCUGUGUCAUUAAUUUUGCCACACUGCCAGCCAGACUGAUUUCCUUGAGGAAGUGUUGCAAGUGCUCAGUGAGUGUCUGAAGACCAUGAGCUUUUGUCAGUCACUCCCUUUUACGUCGUGUCAUGUGAUAACCUCCCUAGCAUGUGACCAAUCAACUGACUGGUUUGUGAUCACAGUGGUCAGGUCUCAUGUUACUGUAAUCUCU